UCGUCUCAGUGUGUCAGUUCGUGAACGACGAAAUAGCUGUAACUACUUCCGCUGUUCAUCCAAUAACUCAAGUUUAUUGUGCUAUAAGCCAGAAAAUAUCUGUAUUGUUCAAACUUUUUAUGUGAUUUCUUGAAUUUUUUAUCGACCUUUUAUGUAAAUUUCAUCUAAUGAUGAUUUUUACUUUGAUCGUGGAUCCAAUUUUAAUUGUUACGUCAGUGUGUUAAUUAAUUAUCGUAAUAGUUCUAUUUAAUUUUGGAUAAUUGUGACUUCAAUCCCAGAAAGCAAUUUUAAUUUCUUGUUGACACUGUUCAUUUAAAAUAGUCCCAUGCUAGAUAAAGCAUAAGAUUAUUUUUGUCAACGAUUAAAGUAAAUUAAAAAUAGAAAUUGCGUAUUAUUGAAAAACGAUGCAAAAAUGUCUAGCCGAGGUGUAACUACUGAUAAUGAUGCCUAUCGUGGUUUAUUACACUCUCCAAUUUUUCUCUUGAAUGAUGAAGAGAGCGAAAGUCCAGUCUUUGAUGUAUCAGGGGCAGCAGGUGGUGCUGGAAAUGCUCUGCGCUUGGCGCCUCAUGAGCUUCCCAAUGAAAUAUCUGCACCCUAUGAGGUUCCGCAAUUUCCAAUCGAGCAAAUUGAGAAGAAACUUUUGAUCCAGCGUCAACUUACUGUAAAAGCAGCAAAGGAUCUUGAAGAGCGUCGUAGUCAUUACGAACCAUCUUUAGGACCAACAGUAGAUGAUGCUGACCAUUCUUUUACUUUGGAAGAAAAUGACUUUGUUCCGCACUUCCAGAGAGUUUCCAUUUCCGGUGAAGACACUUCUGGUGUUCCACUGGAGGAUCUUCAGAGGGCUUCGCAAAUGCUUGUUCAAGCAUUAUAUAUUCGGGAAAAAUAUAUGAAUAAUUCGAAGCAGUCAUUUCCAACCACCACCUCUAGAUUCUUGAGGAAUAUUGAUAAAAAACCAUUGAGUACUGCUGAAGAGGUACAUCAUGAUGAUCGUAAGGCAAUAGCAGAUCAUCCAGUGCAUGCACCUGCUUCAGGAGGCAACCCAUGGGAUUGUGAGUUUCCACCAUCAAAAAAUUACAAAAUAUCUGCAGUCAAUGGUGUAUUCAAUCUUUUUGCUAAUGAUGAGGAUUUAAAAAAUGGAAAAUCUCUACCAUAUACAUACCCAGAUCUCGCUACAUUUGUUGCGGAUAUGAAUUUACUUUGUGCAAUGAUUGCUGACGGUCCUCUUAAAUCUUUUUGCUACAGACGGCUUAGUUACCUUUCAUCCAAGUUUCAGCUACAUGUGCUGCUCAAUGAACUGCGCGAGCUCGCAAGUCAAAAAGCUGUCCCACACAGAGAUUUUUAUAAUAUCAGAAAGGUCGACACCCAUAUUCAUGCAGCGUCUUGUAUGAACCAAAAACACCUUCUUAGAUUCAUCAAGAAAACAUUAAAAAAUCAUGCAGAUGAGGUUGUCACAUGUUCAAAGAGUGGAGAAAUGAUGACAUUGAGACAGGUGUUCCAAUCGAUGAAUCUCACUACUUAUGAUCUCAGUGUUGAUAUGCUUGAUGUUCAUGCGGAUCGAAAUACUUUCCAUCGUUUUGAUAAAUUCAACGCAAAAUAUAAUCCCAUUGGCGAGAGUCGUCUUCGAGAGGUCUUUUUAAAGACAGAUAAUUAUCUUGAUGGAAAAUACUUUGCUAGAAUAAUAAAAGAAGUUGCAAGUGAUCUUGAAGAAUCAAAGUAUCAGAAUGCUGAAUUACGAUUAUCAAUUUACGGUAAGAGUCCGGAAGAAUGGGAUAAAUUAGCAAGCUGGGCAAUUAAAAGUAACGUUUAUUCAGACAAUGUUCGUUGGCUGAUUCAAAUACCUCGGCUCUAUGAUAUCUUUAAGCUAAAUAAAUUGAUGAAAAACUUUCAAGAAAUUCUCAAUAAUAUAUUUCUUCCGUUAUUUGAAGUAACAAAUGAUCCUAACAGCCAUCCUGAGUUACAUAGAUUCCUUCAAUAUGUCAUUGGAUUUGAUUCGGUCGAUGAUGAAAGUAAACCAGAAAAUCCUUUAUUUGAUAAAGAUGUCUAUCCACCAGAAGAAUGGAACGAUGUUGAAAAUCCUCCCUAUGGUUAUUAUCAAUACUAUACUUAUGCCAACAUGACAGUUUUGAAUCACUUCAGAGCUGAGCAAGGAUUUAAUACUUUUGUAUUACGACCUCAUUGCGGAGAAGCAGGACCUAUUCAGCACUUAGUGUGUGGAUUUAUGAUGGCAGAAAAUAUAUCACAUGGACUCUUAUUAAGAAAAGUACCCGUUCUACAAUACCUUUAUUAUCUAGCUCAAAUUGGUAUUGCAAUGUCUCCUUUGAGUAACAAUUCACUAUUUCUCAAUUAUCAUCGAAACCCUUUGCCUGAAUAUCUUGCUCGUGGACUUUGUGUUAGUCUUUCUACUGACGACCCUCUGCAAUUUCAUUUUACAAAGGAACCUUUGAUGGAAGAAUACAGUAUUGCAGCACAAGUUUGGAAGCUUAGCUCUUGCGACAUGUGUGAAUUAGCCAGAAACUCAGUUCUUAUGAGCGGAUUUCCACACAAGAGUAAGCAGUACUGGCUUGGACCAAAUUAUACAAAGGAAGGCGUUGCCGGGAACGAUAUUACAAGGACAAAUGUGCCGGAUAUUCGAGUUGCCUAUCGUUAUGAAACUCUAGUGGAUGAGCUAUCUAAUAUCUUCAAAGUCGUCGAGAAGCCGGAAAAUUUUUAACCGGCCUUAAAUAAAGAUGAUUCACGUUUUAUUUAAAAUGUUUUUCAUCUCAGUUGAAUAAUUGAAAGUUAUAAAUUAAAUUUUAUAUAAAGAGAAGUUUUAUCUUCUCAGUAUUCAAGUCAAUUCAAUAACACUUCUAUUUUUCACUUAUUAGUUAGUUGAUUCUAACAAAAAAAAAACUUAAUUAAAUUAAAACAUCUUUCUUUUUGUUCAUUGUUUGAGAGUUAUUUUCUCAAUUACAAUGUAAAUGGAUUAACGAUUAAGUAAGCUUUAGAUUUUAAUGACGAGCUUAACAUAUUGAUUAUUUUUAUAUCUUUAUGCAAAAGGAUUUAUAUAUUUUUGUGAAUAGUAAUGAAAAUGUUUGAUUUGUUGUAGAAAAAAAUCCUUUUCUUGAAAAGAAAGGUCAGUCCCUUGUACUUCUGAAUGUCAAAACGAAUGAUUGUUAGUGCCAGAUUUUAAAAAGUUAGGUUUCCUAAAUUUUUCCUAA